GGAAAUACAGGGAUCCUAUUUUUUUUCCCACAAACUUAAAAGCAGCAGUUGGGAGGCAUCCUCAGCGCUGGUGUUCUCUCUGUUCCUUUUGGAGUUGAUUAUGCACUUGAGGGGAAACGAAAUCAUCAUAUAUACUCAUUUAAUGCUCUUUUAAGUCACAGGAAGAAGCUACUUUAAGAAAAAGAUCAAACCAAAAUGACGACUGCUCAAUUUGAUUGUCAAUACUGCACAGCCUCACUUCUUGGGAAGAAGUAUGUACUAAAGGAUGAUAAUCCAUACUGUGUUUCAUGUUAUGAUCGUAUCUUUUCUAACUAUUGUGAGGAAUGCAAAGAACCAAUUGAAUCAGAUUCCAAGGAUCUUUGUUACAAACAAAGGCACUGGCAUGAAGGAUGCUUCAAGUGCACCAAAUGCAAACACUCUCUGGUGGAAAAGCCUUUUGCUGCCAAGGAUGAGCGCCUGCUGUGCACAGAGUGCUAUUCUAAUGAGUGCUCCUCUAAAUGCUUCAAAUGCAAAAGGACCAUCAUGCCUGGUUCUCGCAAAAUGGAGUUUAAGGGAAACUACUGGCAUGAAACCUGUUUUGUGUGUGAGCUUUGCCUACAGCCAAUAGGCACAAAGCCCUUGAUCUCCAAAGAGAAUGGAAAUUACUGCCUGCCAUGUUUUGAGAAGAAGUUUGCUCAUUACUGCAACUUUUGCAAUAAGGUGAUAUCUUCAGGUGGGAUAAUGUUUCAUGACCAGCAAUGGCAUAGAGAGUGUUUUCUGUGUAGUGGCUGUAGGAAAGAGCUUUGUGAAGAAGAAUUUAUGUCCAAAGAUGAUUAUCCAUUCUGCAUGGACUGUUACAACCAUCUUUAUGCCAAAAGGUGUGCAGCAUGUACCAAACCCAUUACUGGUCUCAGAGGAGCCAAGUUUAUAUGCUUUCAAGACCGCCAGUGGCACAGUGAGUGCUUUAACUGUGGAAAGUGCGCCAUCUCCUUGGUGGGUGAGGGCUUCCUGACCCAGAGCAUGGAAAUCUUCUGCCGAAAAUGCGGUUCUGGGGUGGACACUGACAUCUAGGUAGUGAUGGUAGUCUUUCUCCACCAGAAAUCCAUUUUGUCUUUGUUCUCACUAAAUCCAGAACUGAGUUGCAGUAGURUUUUUUUUAACUUAGGUUUUAGAAAAUUGGGCACAAAAAGAGCAGUUUACCAAAAGAAUAUUUGUUAAAUCACAAAAUCAGCUCACCUUGCAAAAUACUGCUCUCUGCUGUUAGAAACAUGGGAAAAUAUUUCUUCAUAAUUGAGUAUAUAACCUGUACCUAGAAGUUGUGGAUAUUAUUACUGAAGAAUGACAGUUUUCAAAACUACAGAGUAAAAAAAUCAAAGAGUUAAAUUGAGAGGUAUAAAUUAGGCUAACGUUUGUAUUCUAGCUAGUGAGUUACAUAUAAUGUGAUAGAUGAAUGGUAGAACAAGGUUUAUAAACAAAGAUUGAUUUGUGAUGAUCAUACUUAAAAAUUGUCAUUUUUAUUUUUCUUUCUCUUAUUUAAAGUUCUUUUUUUAUCAGUGAAUAUUUAUUAUGCAAGAGAGUGGUUUUUUAAAUCAUUCUUUUACUGUUCAAAUGUACUGACUUUGGAUUUAAGAAACAAAGCUGCAGUCUGCCCUCAUACACACUGCUUCCCCAGGUUCCUCAGCCUGUUGUUACCCAGGUUUAAUCAAUGCAAUUUAAGAACUGUGUAUGUUAGGGCUCUCAUAUUUUGCAUUGGUAUCAAGGGGAUCAUUUCUACCUAGGAAUAGCCAAAGCAUGAGUUUCAACACUCUGUAUUAAUUGUGGGCUUUGAAAAUACAAUUAACAGAAUGAUUUAAAAAAACCACUCUCUUGCAUAGUAAAUAUGCACUGAUAAAAAAUAACUUUAAGAGAAAGAAAAAUGCUUACAGAUUCCAUAAAGUACAAGUUUAUUCUUUCAAGUAAAACUAACCAGGAUAAUCAUUCUCUCCCAAGGCAAAUCUCUAAAGUAAAUAUAUCAUUAAGUCAUCAAUAGUGGAAAUGAAUUUUAGGGAAGUGAUUGAGUGUUCUAGCAUGACUUUUAUCCAGAUAUCUGAAGGCAUAAUAUAAUGCAUAAUUAGCUCUGAGCCUCGUGCAUUUUGCUUGCUAAAAUUACAUAGAUGAUUAAUGGAUAGGCUUAAAAGUGGGCUUUAAAGACAUCUAGUUAAUUGAGUCAUAUAUAAUAAAUUAGAAUAAAAAAUAAAUAAAAUAAAAUAAAAAUUGAAAAAGAACAAUUCACAGUAGAGCCGUGCUGGCUAUAGAUGAUCCCUUCCUACUACUCCUCCCUACCUAUGCUGUCCACCUUGCCCCAAGCCAACCAUUCCUCAGCUCGUAAAUCUGCUACAUGAUCAGGAGCUGCACUCCUAACUCUAAGUAGCUUCUCUAUAAAUAAGUCAGUAUUUAUUAGGCCACAAAGAAAAUUUGAGUGAAAAGUCUCUCACCAUAUGUUGAUCUUUGUAUCAGACGUUAACUGAUAGUGACACACCUAGCUGUCUCCAGAUGAUAUUUUUACCACAUUAUUUGGGACAAAUGGAAAACAGCCUGUGCUCUCCGUGGUCAGUUACUAGUUAGAGCAGCUCCUGGGUAGGGUGGAGGAAGGUUGGGUAAAAAACCCAUAUAUAUAUAUACUUUCAGGUUACUGCAGAGCAUAAGAUGUUCUGACUGAAAUAUAGGUUGUGGCUCAUUAGAACAAUGACAAUAGCAUCACAUAAAAUUCAAUUAAAAUUGUCAUUAAGACAAUUUUUAAAAUGUUUUAUAAUGCAGGGGUAUUUAAAGAUGCUAACAAUUCAGAGAUUUGAGAGAUCAGGCUCUAUAGAGUAUUUGAAACUACAACUGAGGUAAAAUAUGAGAUAUUUUCUCAUAUUCAUAUUGUAAAAUGACAAACUAUCCACGUUUUCCUACAUUAUAUGAAAUUGCAGGUGUAGAACUAUCAUUUGCCAAUUGCUUCAUUAUUAUUAUUAUUAUUAUUAUUAUUAUUCCAUUCAAAAUAUAGAAUACAGGAGAUGCAACAUUUUCUCUGUUACUCAAUUGUAGACAAACAUACAACACAUAAUGCUUUUUUGUUAAAUAAUUAGUAGUAUUUAGUAAUUUUGCUAUGUAGGUGAGUAUGCAUAUGAUCAGGCUUGCAUUUAAUCUCUACAAUUAAAAUUUACCAGAUCACUUUUACAUUGGGAUUUUUUAUCAUUCUUGAAUAACUAUAGUUUGUAUAUAUAUUUUCACAUAAAAUAGUUCAUAUUUAAAAGGUGGCUUAGUCAUCAAACGUGUUUAUACAUGUACUGUGUCCAAAAGUAGACCUCACACUGUUUUGCAUCUGAAGUGACGACAGGGUGAAUCCAGGCAUGGAAUUGUGGAUAUGCCAGAUGCAGAGAAUCCUCCUUUACAGCGUAGACAAAGCACCCUAUAGACAUAACACACAUCUGCAAAACAACUAGGAAAUAAGGCCUCAUUAGAUUGAUAUCCACACCAAAAAAAAAAAAAACUGUGAAAAUCAUAUAGCUAACUUAUUUGAUUUAUACAAUAGAGAGAAAAGCUCUUUUAAUUGACUUAUCCAAAAAUGGAAUAAGCUGCCUCAGGAAACAGUGGACUGACUCCCCAUGACUCCGGGUGACAUCUACACAGGCAGGAAAGUUGUUAGAAGCAAAUUGCAUGUGCUAAUAAGAAAUGAAUGGCUUGAAAGCAGCAGAGAGGUGGUACCAGAGCAGGGAGAAAUGAGAUUGCUAAAAGAGAAAGUGUCAGAGGAAGGAAUAAUAUUAAUUCUUAGGAUAAAAAGUGUAUAUAUAACAGGCCAUAGAAAGUUACCAACUUUUCUCACAUGGGGAUGAAAAAGAAAAUCAUGAUAGUAUUUGUGGGAACUAAAGGAGGCAGGGUUCCAAGGCUUAGAUUUCUUCCUACAGAGGUUCAUUCAUGUGGUUAGUGGCAACAAAAAAUGAAAAGAGAAGAUGCCCAAGAUAAUGCAGGCUUGGAGCUAUAUUUGUUAAUUUUUUUGGUCAACAAAUCAAAAUAUUUUAUGUUGUCGUUUUGGGGAUUAAAGAUGACAAAGAAAAGCAAAAGAGAACUGUGGUUUCAAUGAUUAUGGGGAGCAUACCCAGGGGCUCAAUUUUUAAUUGAUGAAAUCAUAAAAUAUGUUAUACGAGAACCAACUAGCACCAUUCAUUAAGUGUAAUGCAAUUGUGCCACAGUCACAGGUUCAAAACUUAAUCAUUAUAAUUAAAUAUAU